GCAACGGGGUCAUGCAAAAAAAAUGCAACCAAAUAAAAAAAUUAUUAAAUCCAUUAUAAAUACAAUUUUGUUUUGUGGAACGCAUGAUCUUCCUCUUCGUGGCAAAGCGAAUGAUGAAGGUGUUCUAUAUGAUCUGCUUAUGAUGAGAAUAUCAGUUGGUGCUGAGGCAUUAAAAAACAAUUUGGAGGAUGGCAAACAAAACGCAAAGUAUACUAGUCCACAAAUCCAAAAUGAAAUUGUGGACAUUUCGGCGAAAGUAAUUAAAAAUUACAUCUGCACAGAUGUUAAGAAAGCGUCAGCGUACAGCAUCUUAGCAGACGAGACAGCGGACAUGGCUGGAAAGGAACAACUUCGAUAGGAAUUCGAUUUUUUGACAGCAGAAAAAAAAUUAUCCGUGAAGAAUUUAUUGGAUUUAUGGAAUUAGAUGCAAUGGAUGCAGCAACAAUUGCAGCCAACAUCGAAGGAUUUGUGGAAGGUUUAGACUUAGAUCCUGCUAAAUGUAUUGGGCUUGGGUUUAAUGGAUGUGCUACUAUGGCCGGCAAUACUAGUGGGGUGCAAAAAAUAUUAAGAGGUACAUUCCAAAAAAGUUGUUAUAUUCAUUGCGCCAGUCAUCGCCUCAAUUUGGUGGUUAAUAACCAGAAUUCAGUCUCUGAAAUACGUAACACCAUUUCCACCAUAAAGGAUGUAAUAAAUUUUUUCAGAGUCACCCCUUCGCAGAAGAUACACUUCGAAUGUACAUUCUUUUUGUGAAACACGCUGGUCGGAGAAGUACAAAAGCAUCGCUGAUUUUAAAAAUUUCUAUUGUGAUAUAAUAGAUGGAUUGGAAAAACUAAACACAGAAGGAAACGCAGGCACGAGAAAAUUUGCAUUCCCACUUCACAGUGCUCCAACUAAAAGCGUUUUUCUUAUUUGUAUGUUCAUUAUUGCCAAAUAUUACAGCAUUCUCCAACCAGUAGUGAAUAUAUUGCAAGCCAAGAACAAUGAUGUGAUUAAAUGUAGAGAUCACAUCAAUAACAUUUUAAAUUUAUUUGAGGAACAUCGAGAGACAUCUGCCAGCGAAUUUGAAAAGAUUUUUAGAGACUGUGAAAAGUUAGCUGAGAAUGCAUCGCUCAAUAUAAGUGUGCCCAGAGUCGUCGAGAAGCAAACAAAAAGAUCAAACCCUCCAUUCACGACAACAGCAGAGUAUUACCGCCGGGCAAUUUUCAUUCCAUAUUUGGACUCUUUAAUAACAUCUAUUACAGAACGAUUUCCUAAAGAAAACAUUUCAACUUUUGAUCUCGCAGCCUUAAGUCCACUGCAUAUGAAAACUAUCUCUCUAAGCGAAUUCAAUGAAAAAGUUUUGCGUGCAAGCUCUUUUUACAAUAUAAAAGAUAUUGAAAAUGAGCUUGAACUUUAUUACAAAUAUUGGAAAGAUAAGGAAGGAGAUGAGUUAGAUUUAAUAUGUGCUUACAAUAGCUCAGAUUUUUAUCCGAGGAUAAGGGAGGGACUUGAAAAUCUGUUCGCAAUUCCCUGCACAACUUCCACUGUUGAACGGUCGUUCAGCACUCUCAGAAGAGUAAAGACAUGGCUGAGAACAACAAUGAGAGAGAAUCGGUUGAAUGGUAAUAAAAGCAAACAUUUUUUAUAAAUCAGCAGGAAAAGGAUCAUCUGGAAACGUUUAACAACUCAGAGCCCCAGCGCUGGACAUGAUUAGUUUAUUGUAAGUUUAUCCUUACAAUAUCUUUGUAAUUGUGAAUGAUUGUGAAAAGAAUAACGUAAAAAAAAAAAAUUAUUUAAGCAUUGUGAAAUCAAAAUAUACUGUAACAACAUAGAAAUAUAGUAAAAUAUUGAUUAAUGGAAUAAUUUCAAAUUUUAAAAUACUAAUUAUUUAAAAAUUUAUAUUGUGCGAAGUUAUUAAAACUAAAGAAAGCGGAAAUCUUCCCGCAGUGAGAAUGUUGAUUGUAAAAUUCUAUUGAAAAGAAAAU